UACAGUACGUUGGCUUGCAAAGCGAUUUAAUUGUUGUUUUUAAUUAUCUGUUUACAAAAAGAGUGUGUCUCGUUCUCACAACACCUGCCUUGAGGUGCUAAAAAGCUUUCGUGUUAUAUAGCAUUCAAUGCAAAGAGAAGCGAGUUUAAUCAAAAUUCGAAGCUUGCAGUGCUGUGCUUUAAAUCACUGUCUCCCUCUCUCUGUCACACUGUUGAUCGGUAGUGGUGUAUGGUGGCCGUCUCUAAAAAGAGAAACUCGCAACAAUUUGUGAAGCUCAUAAUGGCAGCAGAAUUCGAAUCGCUCUUUUACUCCAACUUUGCACAAAAACACACACACAAACAUAAAUAUAUACACAUACUUACAUGAUUCGCUUGUAUAAGCGAAGCCAUUAGAAAAUCUACGUGCUCCCUGUCAAAGCUAAAUCCCAAAUUACAGGUAAGAGAGUGCGAGAGUCUGGCAAUUUGUAUUGCGCUAUCUGUGAGAUACUAGGCUUGUUCACAACCACUUCAGUAGCCGAUAAAACGUCAAGCUGCUUUCACGCUCUACGCAGGGUGGUCACAAACACCAGCAAAUACCAAGAGCAACAUUUUCGAUCGACUCGCACGCAUUCCACAACAUCGCUUUAAUUCAUAAUGUAAUUUUCUUAGCUUGUUUCAUUCUGCCGUACAAUCAUGAACUAAAGUGAGAUUUACAUACAUGUAUGUAAAUACAUAAGUACUUAAGUAAAUUACCUGAAAGAAGAAGAACACAUCAGAGGCCGUCCAAUAGAGGGACGAACCGUCGGCAAUUAUAAAAAACCUAUUUCAUUAUUUGGUGCAUUUUGAAAACUCGUCAGAAAAAUGUGCCGCUGCUGUCAAAGCUGCCUGGAAGAUCUAUACUGGAACUGCUUUGAGGAGCGCUUUUGCUAUGAUGAAUCGAUCGCUAACUAUAAUCCAGAAGACGAUGAGGAGCAUCUGGCGUCGCAAAAAAAUGGAUCCAUCAUCGGACGCAUACAGCCGUCUGCAACAGACAAUAAUAAUAUGUUGACCGUGCCGCAACCAAUCUGCGAUCAGCCGCUGGGACACGGAAACUCUGGAAUGAUGAGCGCAAAGAUACACGAGGAGGAUUAUCGCCGUGUGACACAGACGAACGUGCCCAUGCUUGGUCCAGAAAUACUAGCUGUUUUCGCUAACUCACAGAUCUUCCAGGAUCAUCAGCCAACAAAGUUGAACCGCAUUAGCACCAAAACCUAUUUAGCGGGCAUUCACUCACCAAGCAAGGAAAUACCAACCACCCCACGCCUUAGCGAGCAGGAACGGUUGCUCAGACGUCUGGAAGGUAAUGACGGACAUGGUCACGCUCAGAUUGUUAGUAGCGGCAAGAUAAGUGCGGGCCUCUCCACCGAUGCCACCGACUUGAUCAAGGGAGCUUCAGUUUCUGGGACACCCGAGAAACGCAUUACCUUCACGUUGUGUUCUUCUGACUCUUCACCAGAAGGCAGCCAGACGCUAACGUCGAAAAAAUUUGAGCCGAUUGCAGAGGAGGAUAAGGAGGACGAGAAAGAUUUAACAGAUGAGGUGAUUUUGCGACCUCGUCUAAUAGAUCGUCAUCCCCACCUGCUGCCGAGUCUAAGCGGUCUAUCGACAACCCCCAAGCGAGUUUUGCGUUCUGCGAAAAGCGUACCACAUAUGCACCUACGUGACUCGACCAGCGACACAGAUAUAUUUGCCAUAACUGGCACUGGAAGCCAGAUUAGCAUGACACCGGAGGUUCCCUUCAUAUCAUUUAGCAAUUUGCCCAAGAACUAUGAAGAUACUCCAACCAUUGAAAAGUAUCGCGUCUCUCAGAGCCUCUAUUCCAUACAGAGUGCCAAUGCCGCAAAAGCAUCGAAGGAGGAUUACUCUAUGCCACGAUAUUUCAGACGCUCCAACAUGCUCAACAUGACACAAAGUACAGAAAUCUUGCCCAACUCCACAUCCUUAGCAUCCAUAUCAGCAUCGCCAGUUUCGGCGUCAUCGUCUAAAGACGAGCUGCCCCGACCAGAGCAUGCUAAAAGCAAACGUCUCCAAAUGCUACGUGGUAAUCUUCCUCCACUUCUUAUACAUUCUGUGUCCUUGAAACGAAAUCGAGAUGAGAGCAAGCAAAUGGAUUAGUUUCCGCCCAUUGAUGUUAUAACAACAAUUGUACUUUCUGUAGUAUUUAAAGUGUAUUUGACACAAAUUUUCAUUGUAUAUAUUUAGUCUCAUAUUUACUUAUAUUUGUGUGACUGUGUAAUUAGGCAAAGCCACAGUUGAUAUUAACAACUGUUAAUAUAAAUUAUUUUUUAUUGCGUUUUCUGUUCGCCGAAUAUAAUUUUUUUUUUCUUUCAAAGCCUUAUACAUUCUU